AAUCACCAUUCCGGCAAAUGGGAAAAGUUCAAUCUCUUUUGUGGGCCCUCCCUAACGUGCUCAGUGCGAUUGGGUGACGUGGGUUUGUAUUUGCCCGAACUGACCAAUAAAGAAGCAACAUUAAGUUCCGGCGCUGUCUGUCUUGAUGAUGGAUAACGCCGUCACCCAAUGAAAGGGCCACACUGGAGGCCAGACGAUUGAAAAGAAGACCCCAGGAGGCUUGCCAACGGACGUCGCGGGGUCGUAGAGUUUCUUACCUGUGGGAACUGCUCUGAGGAACCGCCCUCCUGACUUCUGACUGACAUGGGGGCUUCUGAGAGCUGCCCAGCAACGCCCACCUGCAAACCUUUGCUUAAUAAGCACUUGACAUAUGUCCAUGAUCCAAGGUCACCCACAGCUGGGAUCCUGAGAACUCCCAUUGAGGUGCAAAACUCACCCCAGGAAAGCCCCCUUACUAUUCUGAAGGAUGACAAUAACGUGAUUGCCAAUAAACAGGAUUUGAGCUGGGAUCCUCGCUCCCCAACACCUGGGAUUUCACGCACACCCAUGAAAGCUGUGCUGGCUGAUGUCACCUGCUCCCCAGUGAAGCAGCUCAGUGAAGACUUUCUAGCAGAAAACAUGGAGGAGAAACUGUCCCUGGAGGAGUCUCAUCAUGUGGUCCAGAAGCCUGACAUUGAGUCUGUGGCAGAAGUGGCCUCCGAAGAGACCAAGUGUGUGGAAGUCUCACAGGGGGAUCCCCUAGGGGCAGAAGAGGAGAGAAAUGAGCAGCCCUCCAUCAGUGUUGCAGCCGUGACCAAGCCAGCUCCUCUCACCAGUGCCCUUCCUCCUGCAGGGGUCAAACCAACGAGACGCAGGGUCAACAGCAAAAUGCGGACAGUGCCGACAGGUGCUGGGCGGUCUCCGCUGAGCAUCCUGCGAGAUGACAAUUCCCCAAGUGCCCUUCUUUCUCAUCAGAGUAAAAGGUGUUUAUCAGCAGCGGAUGGCCAAGUGGAACUCAAGGAAGGAAUGUUCAACUCUGGAAGGGUCCUCAAAGCAGGAAGCUAUAACUGGCCUUCCUUCAACAAGGAGAAUCAGCGGCAGCAUUUGGUGGAAAACUAGUCUCUCUCUCAGAGGCUCCAGUGAUUACUGCCCUCUAGCAAGAAAGCUUCCAACAUAUGCAGGUGGAGAUAUGGUAUUCGGACUUCGCCUCCUUUGCAGUUUGGCUUGUCAGUUCUGUUCUAGACAAGGCAGAAAGUACUGUAGUCUCCAAAUAUUUUUUCCUCACUAGUUUUGUAUUUGUUUAAUCAUGUACAGAUUCUUGUAUUUAGCAUUUUUUUUAAAUUACUUUCCUUUUACUGCCAAAUUUCUGUGUUGUCUGUCUGGAAAAUAAACUUGACUUUGUAAUAAGA